UGCGCAAGAACCAAAACAAAGAUGGCGGAUGGGGAGGAAGAUAAAGUUAAGGAGGAUCUGAGUGACGGAAUUGAACGCAGUCCGGAUAAAAUUUGGAAUUACCUCAACAGCAGGGAGUGUGUAGCAACUGAUAUUUCACCAGAGACUGCAGAGAGCCUAUUUAGAAUACUAGAAGAUGACGGCAGCAAAAAACCCCCAUGUCCAACGAGACACACAAUAAGUGUAACUUCAGAUAAUCAGAAACAAGAUCAAGCCAUUAGAUGUCUUGUCAAAAUGAUCCACCUGAUCCAUCAAGCAAAUCUUAACAAAAGGCAACAAGUCCACUGUCUCGUAGAUACACCUUCAUUGUUGAAGAGAUUCCUGGAAAUUAUACGGCUCAGAGGAUUACAAGCUCAUUUCUCAAGUACUGUCUUCAUGGUGGAUGCAAUUCCUAAGAUUCUGGAUUGUGAUGACUCAGCAGUUCUUCAGGCUAUCUUUGUUGGAGUUGAAAGCUUUGAAGACAUCAUAUCCAUUUUAAACUUUGAGUGUGAGGAUGAAGACACACAAAAUGCACUGUACAAGAGCUGUGUGCUGGCAAUUCAAAAAAUCAUGUGUGCAUCACCAGCAGCAAAGGAAGUGUUUAAAGAUAGUGUGGGGUUUGAAAGGUUUUGUAGAUAUUUAAGAAGACUUCACUCCCCGUCAAAAGAAUUCAUUCAGCUCCUUUUCAACUGGGUAGUGGAAGGGAUUUAUAGUAAAGAAAACCAAGUGAUAAACAAUGUUGAUGUUGUGUUACUUCUUCUGGAUUGGCUUCCAUCUUUAUCAGCGGAAAAUAAGAGACAUGUAACAGAAUUUAUCAAACACUUGUGCAAGUUUUCGAUGCAUAAUGCCAUGUUGUGUAGCACCAAUGGUGUGUUCAAUAAAGUUGUAGCACUUUUGGAGUCUGAUGUACAGAACAUUAACACCAUCUGGGCAGAAUCUCUGAUCGGUAUAUUGGAGGCCAUUGGUGCACAUUCUGUAACAUCGCGUGAACUUAAACAGAUGAUUGGUCUCUUCGUACCUCUGGAGGAUGGUUCACAGGUACCAUUUGCUUACAGAGUCCUUCAGGCCUUAGUAAAAAUGUCAUUUAGUAGCAGCCGGUUGAGAGCAAAACACUUCUUUGACCUUCACCACCCCUCUGCUGGGAUCUCUGUUCCAGGUAUUCAGAAAUGGCCCGGAAAUAGCUUCACCUUUCACGCUUGGAUUUGCCUGGACUCCGUUAAAAUCAAAGAGAGGAGUGAUUUGAGUGUAGAGAGAAAAAUAUUUCACUAUCGGCGAAUCCUCUACAGUUUUUUUACUGCUUCUGGAGCUGGUUUAGAGGCGUUUUUUUCUUCCACCGGACAUCUUGUUGUGGCCGUGUGCAACAAAAAGGAAUACACUUCUGUUACUGUUCCAGUUUGCCAGCUCAGUGAUCAAACAUGGCAUUCUGUAGCGGUGUCGCAUAUACCUUCCCGUCGUCCUUUUGGGCAGAGCAAUGUGUCUGUUUAUGUUGAUGGUGUGCUGAAGAUCAGCAGCCCAAUGAAGUUUCCUUCGCUCUCAGAGGAUAUUUCCAGUUGUCAAAUCGGCUCAGGAUCCCAUCAGACCAACAUUUCACCACAGGAAUUCCAAGAUGUGAACGCCAAAAGCGGUCAGAAGAGGUUCACCUUCCCCCUCUCUCUCCCGGGGCUGUCAACAGAGUCCACCUCACCCCACUGCUCCACCAUUUCUGCCGGAGCACAGGAUUAUGUGUGGGGGGUCCCAACGUCUCUGCAUGGACAAUUAGGUCCCGUAUGUGUGUUCAGCGAAGGACUACACGAGAAUUAUAUCACUGCUUUGUAUGUAGCAGGUCCAAAUAAUCUUAACCUGUUUCAACCAGUUGAUACCUUCACUUCUACACAGCUCGCGCUAAAUGACCUUACUCCAAAACUAGUUCUUUUCUACAAUUCGAAGGCUGGACGAGAUCAUGAUCUAAUGUGUAGCGAUUUAACGCCAGGUCAACCAGGCAGAGUCCACUUGGAUGGCAGAUUAACUGGCCAUAGAUGCAACACUAGCAGCAUGAAGGAUGCUGUGCGCUGUAUCGGUGGAAUGAAAAUCUUUUUACCUUUGUUGGAGCAGAUCGCGUCCUUUGAACCAGAAACGCCUAGGGAACAUAUUAGCAGCAGUGAACAACUGGAAGUCUUUGACUUGGAAAAGUCUCUUGAAAUGGGAGAAGGGAGAAGCCCUGAAAGGCACCUCAGCAACACCUCAGAAGAUGGCUCUAGUCAAACAGAAUCCAGUGAACCUUCCAGUCCUAGUCCUCUUUGCACAGAGCAGCAGGAGGAGGAAUGGGUUUACAUUGAAGAUAACCAUGACCUUCGAUUUUAUAAGAAGGAGAUUUACAGACUGUGCAAGUCACGCAAUAGUAAUGGCGUAGCACUGUUUAUGUUUUUGCUUUUAAGUAUUUUGAAAGGCCACGACGUGAGGGAGGAGGAGUUUGCAGAAACUCUUUGUUAUGUUGGUAGCAUACUACGUACUAUGGACGUCAAGUUUAUUAAUGUCGGUGUGCUGAGAUCGUUACAAGCUCUAGUGGAAUGCGUGACAAACGAGACUGUUUUACAAAGUGUCUUUGAAAAUCUCCUCUUUGAUUUUCGCAUUUGGAGCUGCAGUGAAUUUAACGUGAGAAUUGGACACAUUCAGUUUAUUUCCACACAAAUUAAAGAUUCGCCUGAAAGAUUUCGUUCCGAGUAUGGUGUCAGGUUCUUCCUUGAUGUCAUCACCCAACACUAUAGUGAGCAUGCGCCGUUGGAGAAUUCCGCUGGCCGGAAUCGAGAAAAUGAGAUUAAGUUAACUCAGGAGGAAGUGAAGAUUAUCAGAGCAUCUUUGUUAGGUUUAAUCAAGUUCUAUCUGACAGAGAAAGUUGCUCGAGAGGAGGUUUGGUUCAUUGUGGAAUACUUGUCUUGCGUGACAGAUUCAGAGCAAAUCACAGAAGUGAUAGACGUUCUCUCGUCACUCUGUGACCGAGCUUCAAAGAGUAAGAUGGCUAAACGGCUCUCAGAUUCCAGACAUAUCCCCGUCUUUGUCACAUUACUAAUCAAUCAAAAAAACCAAGAUCUUCGUCUCAGGAUUCUGAAACUAAUGUCCGCCAUCAUAGCGUCCAAUAAGGUCCCUGAGGGGAACAGAAGCUAUUGGCAUUUAAGGCCUAUUGGGCUCUCUGCGGUGACAAAGCUCCUCGCAGAUGACGUCUCUAAGCCCCUUAUAAAAAGUCUCCUCCAGCUGGGUGUGUCAGAGCAUGACGAGAACAAAGGCGUUGACGUCUUGAUGCAUUAUCACGUGGUACUGGCUGUGUUGGAACUGAUUGAAAAUGGGGAUCUGGAAACGAAGACUUUUGUGAGUCACAUGAUUUUACGAUCAAUCGAUGCCAACGCCCUCAGCAUGUCACGGUGUGCUAAGGAAUUUGGGUGGCAUGUUACGUUGCUCAGGAUGAUUACGGGCCCAUUCGGCGCGCCUCGGGGUAUCAGUGUCUCGAAAGAAAAGGACAUUAGUGUUCUGGAAGAAAAGAAAAGAGGCGAGGAAGAUUUGAUCGAAACUGUGCUCGAAAUCGUGUUUCGAGUGAUGUGGAAAGGGGUUGAAGGCUUUGGAGAAAGCGAUUGGAAGGUUCGGGGUCAAGCCAUAGCCGCAGUGAGUCUCAUUUCCUCAGCGGAGUCCUUCUUGGUCCCUCAUCGUAUUAUCGAGAGGCGCCUUCUGGAGCUUUGUCUGCAGGUGGCCGUGCAAGAUAUCGAGGUGUCCGGACAGACAGGUGAAUCUGAGACCCAGAAUGCACUGAUGGUCAUGCGUUUGGUGGAAGACUUCAUCUUUACGCCAGCUGCCAUUGCUGGAGCGGGAUCAGACAACGAAUCGGAGACAUGGAGUGUAAAGCUUGUUGAGAAUGUCGUACUCCUUCUUGAAGUACUAAACGUCUGGGACGAGAAUGAAGAAAAUGUGGAAUGGGAAGAAAUGUCUCAAGUUGGAGUGAGGAUUCUCUUGGCUUUCAUUUCUCGGCCGGAAACAGAAUACUGCGCUACAGCUUCCUCCAAACUCAGCAAGCUUCUCAAGGCCCGGAUGACUUCGUCUCAAGGAGAGCUGUGCUACAUUUUAGGACGACUACAUCAAGCAUUUGUUGCAUCACGAGUUAAAGGUGACAGUGAAAAUUUUUCGUUCAUCAUUCCCGUCAUCCGUCUGUUGCUUUUAAAGUAUCACCACACUCUACCGCUGACCAUCUAUAUACCCACAUUCUCAACCACUGACCGCGCACAAAUACAUGCUCAAGAGGAUUUCCUUCAGAUGAUAGAGUCUGAUGAAUUCAAAGCGAUGAUGAAACAACAGAUCUAUCCAGGAAUGAAACAAUAUGACAAUACAUUCUCAGAGUCGUCUCUAGCCUCAGGUCGUUUUUGGAUGGAUUGUCUGACAGGACUCACAGAGAGCUUAAGAAAAAAAGAAAGAGCACAGGACGAAAGCUGCGAGAAAUUUGAAGAGCAGAUAACCGCACCAUUCAAACAAUUUCAAGAAUCACAGAGAGAACACAUCAAAAACUUACCCAAACAACAAGAACAAGAAAAGGAAAGUGUGGCAAGGCAAUGGAAAGGUUUGAAAAGAAUGUUAACCUCUGAAAGAUCCCCGUGGGGUGCCAGGUCACCAAAGGAAAUACAUUGGAAACUCUCCACCACAGAGAACUUUCAACGCAUGCGCCUUAAACUAGCACAAAACUGCUCAUUUACACCGCAUAUCGAGGCAAGCCGCGCGCGUGACAAUGCGGAUGUGGUGGAUUCUCGCGAGGCCUCAGUGCCCGUGCGUGUUGCUAAAGAGGCCGUUGUUCAAAAUGUCGACGAGGACAUACUUGAAGUUGAUGACAUCGGAAGCCCCACAGGCAGAGAGAAGGUUCGCACGAUUUCCGAAACGGAAAGACCGCUUUUAGGUGAAGCUUGCGAAUUGAUUACCCUCAUGGAUAUUGUGCCGGGCAAACUUGAAAUCACCACUACGCAUGUCUACUUCUAUGCGGAUGAGAUCGCUGGUCAGGAUUUCCAGUGGCCGCUGAAUGAGCUGAGAGAAGUUCAUCUAAGACGACACAAUCUGAGAAGGAGCGCGUUGGAGUUCUUUUUGAUGGAUCAGACGAACUAUUUCUUGAAUUUCACCAAGGAGACUCGCAACAAAGUGUACAAGAGGAUAAUGUCCUUGCGGCCUCGGAAUUUGUACUAUAUGGGCGCCAAAUCUCCUGCGGACCUGCUCACGGCCUCGGGGCUCACAGAUAAGUGGGUGCACCGAGAAGUAUCCAAUUUUGAGUACCUUAUGCAGCUCAACACCAUCGCUGGAAGGACUUAUAAUGACCUGAGCCAGUAUCCAGUAUUUCCUUGGGUCCUUAGAGACUAUGAGUCAGAGGAGUUACGCCUGGACGACCCUUCUGUAUAUAGGGACCUUUCCAAACCUGUUGGGGCUUUGAAUCCUAAUCGCGUGGAAUCUUUACGAGAAAGAUACAACAUGUUCGUCGAUCCUUCUGGAUUAAUCGCCAAAUUUCACUACGGUUCGCAUUAUUCGAGCUCCGCUGGAGUUCUUCAUUACAUGUUGCGUGUUGAACCCUUCACCACUCUGCACAUUAAACUGCAGAGUGGAAAGUUCGACUGCGCGGACAGACAGUUUCACAACAUACCAUCCACCUGGAAGUCUAUCUACAGCCAAGGCGGGGAUGUAAAAGAGCUUAUUCCUGAGUUUUUCUACUUUCCGGAAUUCUUGGUCAAUUCCAACAGGUUCGAUCUCGGACGUCUUCAGCGAGGAGGGGUUGUUGAUGAUGUCAUUCUUCCACGCUGGGCAACCUCACCUGAAGAUUUCGUCUUCAAACACAGACAAGCGUUAGAAUCCGAUCACGUGUCAUCUCACCUGCACGAGUGGAUUGACUUAAUAUUCGGUUAUAAACAGAAGGGUCCUGCAGCGGAGGAGGCGCUGAAUGUGUUUUACUAUUGUACUUAUGAAGGCGCUGUUGAUCUUGAUGCCAUAACAGACCCAGCCGAGCGAACAGCUACCGAGGGUAUGAUAAACAACUUUGGUCAAACUCCAAUACAGCUACUGACGCAGCCGCAUCCACCGCGCAUGACAGCUGAAGAAGCCACCAAGUUGAAUACAACAAAAAGCGCUGGCACGAGCAAGACACUCGAGAAUGUGUUUGAGAACUUCGACAAAUUAAAGGCCUACUUUGUUACCGUAUCUGAUGCGACUGACCCUUUGGUGUUCUCCGCCGUGUCUCACGUUCACACCAGAUCCCUGAUUCACUCGGGCAUGCCUGAACACAUGAUCACCAUCAGCCAGAAUGGCAUUGUGGGAUUGCACGACUGGCUGCCUUACUCCAAGGGCAGGGGCAAACCUUUCACCUUUGAACCUGACCCGUCUCUGUCGUCAAACAGAUUACGCCGUUGUAUCGCGGGCCCGUUCAGUCCUGACAUGCAGGUCUCUUCACAUCUGUUUGCUAUUACCCAUGAUGCUAAGUUGAUCAUUACCGCUGGACACUGGGACAACAGUCUGCGAGUUUUUGCCACAAGGGGGAGACAGCUGACAAGAAUUGUGGGACAUGCAGAUGUAAUUACUUGUGUCUCAUUGGAUGACGAUGGUCAUCACCUGAUCACUGGGUCACGUGAUACCACCUGCCGCUUAUGGGGAAUCACUCAUCAGGGAGGGGUGGCUCAGGAACUAAUUCGUACCCCACUACAGACUUUAUAUGGUCAUGAUAUGCCAGUCACAUGUGUUGCUAUGAGUUGGGAACUUGACAUGGCAGUCAGUGGUUCUCAGGAUGGCACAUGCAUCAUCCACACAGCGCGAAAAGGCGAAUACGUUGUCACGCUAAGGCCCAUGGGAAUGUCGCCCGGCGCACAACCCAACCCCUGCCACGUGACUGGCCUCGCCCUCUCCGAAUAUGGGAACAUUGUGGUAUGUUGCAAACACGAAAGCAGUCGAUCUCUGUGUAGAUAUUCCAUCAAUGGAAAACUUCUGACAGAAGACGCUAAAUUAAAAGACGAUGUCGCUCGUGUUUUCAUUUCUGGCGAAUUUGUUGUCACCGGAGGAGACGGCGGAAAACUGGAAAUCAGGAAUUUGCACAAUUUUCAAGUGGUGGAGAAAAUGAAGCUUUUAGUACCAAUCCGUAACGUCUCCAUGGCAAGGGACAACACGCACAUUCUUGUUUGUCUUCAAGAUGGUAAACUCAUCGUAAUUGGUGUAGCUCCACCUACUGUCACGUGACUACACGUCAUGUCUCACGGUUGUUUCAAAGAUAGUAAGGUGUAAAAGCCUCGUGACAUUAUGUAUAUCAGGUGAUAUCAUGUGACUUGCGUUUUGUCGCGUCCCUCGAGAAUGUCAUUUCCAAUUUUAAAUUCAGCGAAAUUGAUGUAGCUUUUUGCCGAUCUCCAUACUGAAUAAGCUAGGAACUGAUUUAGAUAGUAGUUAAAUGUAGUAUUUACAGCCUUCAGGAAGCUGAACUUGAAAAAGUAGUUGGGUAGUAUUUCACAAGUCCUCGUCUUAAUGCUCCCUCCCGAAAUAUCUUUUAUUUCUAAACUAAAUUGAGAAUUCAGUGUUGUUUAGCAACAUUUUUUCCAAGGAAACUAUUUUUUUUUCAAUUCUGAUAGGGACAAUUUCAAUUCCUUUACAUGUACAUUGUAAAAGGAGCAUUAUGAAAUGAAAUAGGAGAGAGUUACUUUUUCCAGUGUAAAAUUUUUACUACGAUACCUAUCCCAGUGAAUCACAAGUGAACCAGACCGGAAGAAAGCGAAAUUUCCCAAUAGUCCCUUUUACAGUCGUGGGCUUGGUGGCCAAGCCUUUGAACAGGAGUGAGGCUAAGGGUGACCCUGUUGUG